CUCGACCAAUACAGUACAGUACUAACACCCGACGCCAGGCCCAAACGACACACCCAAACCGAACCAACGCAAACGAAACGCAAGCGCAACCCAACGAGCAGAAUGGCGGACGAGGGAACCAAGAUCGAGAGCGUCGGCCUCGCGCCCGAGGUGUUCGUCCUGGUGGCGGCCCACGCCGCGGUCCACCCGGCGUCCCCCGUCCACGGCGUCCUGGUCGGGAGCCGGGAGGGGGGAAGGAUUUCCGUCCACGGGGCCUACCCGGUCUGCCACGAGACGCCCACGGGGGUCCUGGUGGAGACGGCCCUCUCCCUGGUGCAGUCCUCCCUCGAGGAGGACACCAGCAACGAGACAACCACCGAGAUCGUCGGCUGGUUCACGGCGCCCGAGCUGCUGCACGAGAAGGCCCCCGGCCCGGUGGCCCUCCGGAUCGUGGCGAGCCUGGCGGCGGCAACCAGCGGCGGGGGGACGGACCCGGUCCUGCUGGUGGUCGACAACGAGGCCCUCCUGGCCCUGGCCGGGGGGGGAGGGGCGGUGCUGGCAUCCGAGGCCGUCCGGGCGUUCGGGAAGGACCUCGGCCGGCAGUGGAAGGAGCCCGUCGGCUCCCUGGCGGUCGAGAGCGACGCAGGGGCCGCGGAGGCCGCGGCAUCCGCGAUCCGGGAGGCAACCGGGGCGGCGGCGGGUCCCUUCGUCAGGGACCUCGUGGACCACUGGAAGGCGGGCGCGGCGUCGGAAUGGACCACGGCGGCGUCCCUGGCGGCGUUUACCAAGAAGCACACGUAGGCAGGCGUCGUGUGCGCUUGGAGCACCGAGGCAAUCGAAUCCCCAAAGAAUCCCAUCCGCGGCCGCCAAACCGCGGAUCCUACUACUAGAAUGCCGUUCACUAGUCUAACGCCAAUUUUAUUAAG